AUGACGACGAUGAUCAAGAUGAAAGAAACAACGACACAGUUUCUUGUUGCUGUUGUUGUUGUUGCUUUCUCGACGAUGGUCUUCGUUUCAGCGAAUAAAAGCGACUCGUACGAGAUUUUGCAAACGAGGUUUGGGAUGGAAAAUACGUCAAGAAACGGAGUCGAGAUAGUACGAGCGCGGUACGGACGAGGCAGAGACAGAACGGACGCGCUCGUCGCCUGUCCAGUGGUAGCGAGAAGUGACGACGAAGGAGGAGCAGAAUCAUCUGAUGAUGUUGUUGUUGUUCCGGCGAUGGUGUACGCGCCCGGUUUUGGCGCUUCGUGCACGACCGGCGGACAGAAUUAUUUGGACCAUUUUCCCAAGCUCGCGGCAUCGCAUGGAUUUGUUUUCGUUUGCCCGGAGGAACCGAUCACUUCAAACGUUCCUGGCGUAGUAAACGACGAAGGAGCGGCGAAUUUGAUUAAAGCAGCUCGAGCGUUGAUUCGCCACCAACCGUGCGAAAAGUUUGGAGCGCGAGUCGUGAAGUCGGAAAUCGCCGUGGUCGGAUACUCCAUGGGUGGUGGGAGCGCUAUACGAGCAGCCUCAGAAGAAGAAGAAGCACCCCAGAGAGCGCGACGAGGUGGUUUCUUUUUCCGACGAGAAGAAGAAGAAGAAGAAGAUGCAUCGAAAAAAAAAUACCUCUUCUCCGCCCUCGUAGCUUUGGCCCCUUUCAACGGUUUCGUAAACGUCAAAGACGUUGAAAUACCAUCGCUACUCAUCGUCGGUGCCUCCGACGUCGUCACUCGACCUUCCGAGGUCGAACUCGUCUACGACGAACGCAUCGCAUCCAAACAAAAGGCAUUAAUCAUCCUCCGGGACAAGUCGCACGAACACGCGGUGACUUCCUCCGCCGGCGUCGCUCUUGGGUUUUUAAAGCGCGUCUUUAGUGAAAAAGAAGUAGAUAAACUCGCGAUGGCGGCGAUGGAAAGCAUCCUUAAUCGAAAGAGUAGUGGUGAAGAAAAAGAAUUCGAAGAUCCGAGCGUCGAGAUUCAACGCGUUCGCGCUCGCGGCUUCUGA